AUGCGCUAUGGGCUUGCUCCGCGCGGUCUCUUCGAACGAUGUGGGGGGGUGGGCCAUGGACCUCUCGCGUGGGGGCGUCCGUUUUCAUCGUCGAAGUUUACCGUGAGCGGCCACCCCGCGAGUGGGAUUCAUAACGCGAAUCGUUUCGAUGCAAAACCGAACUCCCGUAUGUGGGGGGGGUGGGGGGCAGCCUGCAGGCGAUCUCGCGCGGCGCGUUGGUUGGCUGCCAACUUCACGUCGCUCGCGACUUAUCAACUGAUUUUGGAGGUCGCCCUGACGGGGAUCCUCGCCAGCGCGCUCCACACCCGCGCCCUAACGGCGGAGGGGGUAGAAUCCACCCUCCUUGCGUAUCAUUACCCAUUCACAGGGUCAAUCGCGCGGAGCGAAGGCGUCUACACCGAGAGCUUUUCCAUCGGGCCGUUCAAGCUCUCACCGGAGCUGCUCAACGCCCUACGCACCGGGCAUAACAUCGCGAACGAGCUGCUGCCUAUUCAAAUUCUCUUUCUCGCGGCAACGUAUCAUCCACUAAGGCAAACAUGCCGUGUCUUGCGAUCAAGGUGGAAGGGGGGUGCGGGGGCAACGACCACGAUUGCGAAGGGCCCUGGAAAAGUGGGUGGGGUGGGAACGCCUUGGAAGGUGCCGCGUGCGUCCAUCCAUCGAUCUCCGAUUACAACAUCGACCAAACACCUGAAGAAGUAA